AAGAGGCCACGGAGGACUUCUACGUCUUGAAGGACGAAGCCUUGGAGAAGCUGGAGGACCUGAAGGAGCACAAGGAGAAGCUGCUGAACGGGGAGCCGGUGAGGGCGAAGCUGGAUCGCCAGCUCCAAAUUUUCAAGCCUUCCCCCGAAGCGUCUCACUUCGAGCUGCCGAGCGACUUCUUCAACCUCACCGCGGAGGAGCUGAGGCGGGAGCAGAGGCUGCGGACAGACGCAGUUGAGAAGGCUUCCAUGCUGAGGACGAAAGCCAUGCGGGAGAAGGAGGAGCAGCGGGAGCUGAAACGAUACAACUACACCCUCCUGCGCAUUCGCUUCCCUGACGGUUACAUCCUGCAAGUGGCCCCCGGGGGCCACAAACUGACCGACGAGAACUUGGCGCUCAACGAAAGCGGGCUGGUGCCCUCGGCGCUUCUGACCUUCAUUUGGGACGCCGAGGUCAUGGAGGACAUCCGAGCCUCCCGGAGCGAGCACAUGGGAAGCGUGCUGAAGCCCGACCUGCUGCUCACGGUGCAGAUGCUCUGAAAAUAAAGGCGCGAUGGGGUUGGAUCCGGUUCCGUCCUGUGUGGUCCCCGACUCUUCCGAAGCCAGCCUCUUGACUUUUCCCUGCUUCCUGCCCACUAGAGCCACAGACGUGACUUUUUUCCAGCUGGCAAGAGGGGCAAGCUGCCAGCAGAGCAGCUCAUGCAGCUUCCCCCAGCCCCCACCCCUUGAGCUUGGCACGUGGAGCUGUCAAUCAUGGGAGGAUAUUUUUCCAAGCGUUGCUUCUUCUAUUUUUUUUUUGUUUUAAGUUUCAUCAGUCCCUGUUUUUACUGAUCUUUUUCUCGCUUUGAAGCACCUUUGGGGUGGGAAAAGAUCAACGCCGCGGGAAGAGGUCUGCCAAAAACAGAUUUCCCCGGUUCCUUCCGGCCACUGUUGCUUCAACGAACACUUUGUUCCCCGGGGGAUACACGGCCCGCAGGAGGUCCCGAAUCACGUCGAAUUGUUUAUUAUUAUUAUUAUUAUUAUUAUUUUAGGUCGUAGAUAAGUUAAGCUUUAUGGGGAGAUGAAGGAGCGUACGCAUAUACACUACUGUAGCCGCUGGGCGUGUGGCUGCUGCUGUUAAGUUGUAGGUUAUGGGAAAGACUUCUGAAGAAUCCGAUCCCAUGGUUUAUUUUAUUUUAUUUCGGGGAAGGAAUUGUUGCAAGAAAUGCACCUUUAUAAAAAUGCCAUAUUUGGGGGCAUGGGACGCCUCAGGGGGUGUGAGACGAUCCCUCCUUGGGGCAGUGUAUCUGUUUUGAAGCUCUCUGCCCCGCUUUCGUGGACUUGCUAAGUUUCUGCCUGCCUCCUCUGUUCGUUUUCCAGGAGGAACGAGAAAUGCUGCUUUACAUUUUUUUGCUUGAUGUUACUGGAGAGGGCAGGGCAAGCAAGAUAAAAACGUGGAGCCACAGAGCCCCCACCCCAUUUUUGCAGUCUGGGGUUAACCAUUUUUGGUUUUGGAGGUGUCUCCACUCUCAACGGAGGCGACAGCGGGGAGCUAAAAUGCCACUGUUAACUAUGUACAAAAGAUACGCUUCAAAAGGUAUUUCCCCCCCUCUUAUCAUCCCAUGUUUUGUGGAAUCUCUUUAAAUUGGAAGCAGGAGUUUGAAAAACCCACCGAAAUGUCACUUUUCUUUCCACCUCCCCACCCCUCCUAAAACAAAAUUCCGUAUUUUUAUUUUUCUUCCAGGAAGGCUCUGGAUUUAAGUGAUGUAUCUCCCCCCCCCAAAAAAAAGCAGAUUCAUAACCAAAGUGUGAGGUAUAAAAACUGUACCAUGAAUCCUGUUUUGAUUAUGUUUAAAAGAAAGGCAGCUGUUUAAAAUGUUUGCUUGGUUCUGUGUUUGGGGAGGGGUGAUUAAUUAUCUAAUGGCCGUAGGGACUAGCCCCUAGGAGGUGGACCAGAUACUGCAUGGGCCAAAAGAGUUGCAGACACACACACACACACACACACAUGGAAUAGAGACUUAGCUUCUUUUAAUAGCAUAGGGCUGGUGCGUCUGGUGUGCCGGAAGUCUUAACGAUUGGCCCUUUCUGAGUCCCCUUUGGGGGAAAAGGGGAGCAUAGAAAUUUAAUAAAUCUAGUCUAAAUCUAAUCUAGCAGCAUCUUUACAAGGUAGUUCUUGAUCUGAAUUCCUGGAGCGGCCUAAAUCAUAAGCUGGAUCGGCAGGGCUGGCUGGGGAAUUCUGGGAGUUGAAGUCCACAGGUCUGCAAAGUUGUCAAGAUUGGGAAACAUUGGCUAAAGUUCUCUUGUCUUGAAAUCUCAA